AUGUCAACGCAAUCUAUAAGAUUGACCAGUUCUACUACAUUCGCUUCUUCCAAGUCUGCCAGCAGCAUUCCAACGAACCCCAGACCUACAAGCACCACCCGCACAAGUUCUGUUCAAACCCUCACCAAACUUUCCAGCAGCAGUACGGCGGCCUCCCGCCUCACCAAUUUCAGCUUCAGCCGAACAAGUUCCGUUCAGACCCUCACGAGACUUGUCAGCAGCAGUGUAUCUACCUCUAGCCUCACCAGUUCCAGCCAGACAGCGAGUGCUACCAGUGGGGCAACAGUAGAAUUCAUUCAAUCCACUCUCAACAGUCAUAACAGUGCGCGUGCUCAGUAUGGUGCAUCUUCGUUGACAUGGAAUUCGAAUCUUUAUCCGGCCACUCAGCAAUGGGCUAAUGCGUGUGUGUUUCAACACAGCGGAGGAAAUUAUGGUGAAAAUUUAGCUGCAGCAGCUCCACAAGGAAUCUCUGUCCAACAAGGCGUGAACAUGUGGAUGGCAGAAGUUUAUAGCAACCCCACAUUCUCCUCAUCGACUGGUCACUUCACUCAGGUUGUAUGGAAAUCCACCACCUCCGUUGCUUGUGCAAUCGCCACCUGCAAUUUCUUGGGUAACGGAACCGGAUAUUUGGUCUGUCGAUAUGAUCCUCCGGGAAAUUAUUUAGGGCAGUUUGCGCAAAAUGUCGGGCGCCCGUCGAAUUGA